UGUAAUUUGCAAGGGACCAUAAGAAAAUAAUAGUAAAAUAAACACCGGCUAUUUGAAACUACCGGCUUUGCCAAACCCUAACUGUCACAGAAGCCCAACCUCUUCUCCCAUUUUUUCUACUCCGAGAAAUCUCGCUUAGAUUAAUCUGUAUCGAAAACCCUAACUCGCUUUGAGAAUUUCCGGUUUUACUCCCAAUGCUAUAGACAGAAUCCCGGUUUUUCAUAGUAAUUCCCCAUUUCGACCUUCACCAUCAUGUCCGGUGAUCGCCGGGAGGUUCAUACGGCGACCGGAAGCGAAGGGAACGGCGUCCUUGCAAGGGGCUUGAGCCGAGCUCCUCCUCCGGCUAUGAAUCCGGCACCAGCGGCACUGAUGUCGAGCCAGAGGCUGCGGCUGAACCCUAGCAAGGACCACAAGCCCGAGAGCUAUGACGAUCUACAUCUAGACUUCAGUCCCUCUAUUUUCAGUUCGUUGGAGAGGUACUUGCCACCGAGCAUGCUCACUCUGGGUCGGGACGAUAAAGUGAAGUUCAUGAGGGAGAUUCUGUUGAAGUACUUGCCGCACGGAGAACGCACCAGAGUUCAGAGACACAGAGAAUACAGGCAGAAGAUUAUAUCAAGUUACCAGCCAUUACAUAGGGAGUUAUAUAAUCUGCACCCUGCAGCUUUUUUUGUUCCUGAAUUUCUCAGAGCAAUAAAUGAUAGUACAGAGGACAGCUUCAGAAGAAUUAUGUCUGAACCGUCUCCAGGGGUGUUUAUAUUUGAAAUGCUUCACCCUCACUUUUGUGAACUAUUGUUGACUGAGGUUGAGAACUUUGAGAAGUGGGUUAGUGAAAAGAAAUUCCGAAUCAUGAGGCCAAACACAAUGAAUAAGUAUGGUGCUGUUCUUGAUGAUUUUGGCCUAGAAACCAUGCUUGACAAGCUUAUGGAGGGCUUUAUUCGUCCUAUAUCAAAAGUUUUCUUUCCGGAAGUUGGUGGAUCAACUCUUGACUCUCACCAUGGUUUUGUAGUUGAAUAUGGAACCGAUAGGGAUGUUGACUUGGGCUUUCAUGUUGAUGACUCAGAAGUAACACUAAAUGUGUGCUUGGGUAAGCAAUUUUCUGGUGGAGAGUUGUUUUUUCGUGGCACACGGUGUGAUAAACAUGUAAAUACGGGAAGCCAUGCAGAGGAAGUCUUUGAUUAUUCUCAUUUUCCUGGAAGAGCUGUGCUACAUCGUGGUCGUCAUCGACAUGGUGCUAGAGACACCUCUGGCCACCGGAUUAAUCUACUUCUUUGGUGCAGAAGUUCAGUAUUCAGAGAGAUGAAGAAGUACCAGAAGGAUUGUUCCAGCUGGUGUGGAGAAUGCCAUCGUGAAAAAAGAGAAAGGCAGCGGUUGUCAAUUGCAGCCACCAAAGUGGAAUUGCUUCGGAGGGAUGGUGAAUCUGCAACCUGAGUCGAGUAUUUAUAAUCGAGAUGUCUCUGUAAAAUUAUGUAGCUGUAAUCAUAAUUCAGAUGCCAAUUGCGUAUUGACUUUUCUGCUUCAUCUUAACAGGAAAGGUGGGUGUAUGUACAAUCUUUGUGUAGUAGUAGUAGUAGAUGGGAUGGCUUCCAUUGUAGCAAACAUUUCGGAAAGUUCUGUAAAUUUUUAGAUCAUGGUCUUGAACCAUUUCAGUGGUUGUAUUUCAGAAGCCAUUAAAUAGCCAAUUGAAUUGAGUUUUGUAAUAUCCCCGCUCCUUUCCAAUGAUUGACUAUAAAAUUUAUUUAUUUUU